UCUAUUGACGAUACGCUCUCUAAUUACUUUUUUCACCUGCGAUUCAUAAGGACAUGGCUCGAGCACAUUUCGAUUGCCUUGACCGGUGGUCAUCAUGACUCCCGAGCGCUUGAAACAGAGAGAAGCCUGAGGUGACAGACUCAACUCAAAGGAGGCUCUGCUGAAGAUCUGGGACCACAAAAUGUCAGAAUUAGAUGCAAAGGAUGAUCUGCGGAUUAAAACAUUUGGAUCUCACAUGAAUGAGCUUGUCCUGUUUCCAAGCGUGACAGACAUCUUCCUAUAGAUGAGACUUGAGCAGUUUUAUGGAAAACUUUACCUGACUCUGCCUGUUCCCUUCUACCCUGCACCCAUGUCAGUAUGUCACUAUCGGAGUGCAAAUACGCAGGGACUCCCCAAAUGGACAACAGAUAUAACCUACACAGCCUCUCCACCUCUGAGAAAUACAGGAGGAGGCCUGUAAUGCCCUUGUUUGACCUAAGUCCCGCAAACGUACCUGAAAAUCUGGAGGUCAGGUGGGUUCCUCUGUUGUCACUGACCAGCCUGAGGAGCAUCUCAAAAGUCAAAGUGGCCAGCUUCUUACUGGGCUUGACAUUGACGCUGUUCAUCAUGGCUUCCUAUAUCCUGACCUGGGACAGGAAAGGCCUUCUCUUCACUCCAUCUCCCUUUCAGCUGCGGCCUGUUGUCAUCCUGACCGGCACAGAAGCACUCGAACUUCCUUCUGAAAAGAGUUUUAUAGAUAUGAAACUGCUGGUGAAGAGCAUCAGCUCCAAACUUGAAUACACACCCAGGAAGGUGCCUGAUGAAAAGGAUGUAAUUGCAACAGACUCCCGUUUGUUCUCUGUGAUUCCUCGCCAGUUCCUGCCUGGCAUCAAGAGCCCCUGCUGGCAUGAGGAGCUCUCCAGUAAUGUCAACACGGAUCCCUACAGGAGGAACCUGUUCACACUUCGCUCCAAGAGCUUCAGAGCUGUAUGUGACUAUCUGAGGACUCAUUUCCAAGAGCACUUGUACCACAGGGAUGGCAAGCAGUACCGUCUGCGGUGCUUGCCAUACUUCUACAUCAUCGGCCAACCAAAGUGUGGCACUACGGACUUGUUUCACAGACUGCUACUGCAUCCAGAGGUCAAGUUCACCACAAUGAAGGAGCCACACUGGUGGACCAGGAAACGCUUUGGUUAUAUUCGUUUCAAAGAUGGCUUCCAGGAGUGUUUCCCUGUGGAGGAUUACUUGGAUCUGUUUGACUUGGCAGCCCACAACAUCCAGGAAGGACUCAUUGGAAAUUCAUCUGGAGACCCAAGCAAACUCCAGCUCAUAGCAGGUGAGGCCAGUGCAUCCACCAUGUGGGACAACCAAGCCUGGAGUUAUGUGCGUGGAGACGAGGAGGAGGCAGAGCCACCGUUCCUGGCCCAGGACUUUAUUCACGCAGUCCAGCCCAAUGCCAAAAUCAUCAUCAUGCUCAGAGACCCUGUGGAGAGGCUGUACUCUGACUACUUGUACUUUAAGAUGGCCAACAAGUCGGUGGAGGACUUCCACCAGAAGGUCAUAGAGUCUGUCCGGUUGUUUCAGUCCUGCCUUUCAGAGACGUCUCUUCGCUCCUGUGUCUACAACACCAGUCUCUCCAAUGCCAUGCCGGUGAGACUAAAUCUGGGCAUGUACAUAGUUUUUCUACUGGACUGGCUGACAGUUUUCCACAGGGAGCAAAUUUUAGUUCUUCGCUUGGAGGACUAUGCAGCCAACCUCAGAGUGACAAUCAAGAAAGUCUUUAAUUUCCUGAGUGUCGGGCCCUUGUCAGACCAGAUGGAGGCAGCACUGACCAAACGGCCCAUGUCCAACACCCGCCGAGCAGCAGACAGGAGUCUGGGCCCCAUGCUUCAUGCCACCAGGGACCUGCUCAGGGAAUUUCACCACCCUUUCAACCUCAAACUGGCCAGUGAGCUGGACAACAAGGCCUUCCUCUGGACUGCCGCCUGAAGGACCAUGAACUUAUCUGGAUGAAAAGAAAGAGCAGCCUGGGCAAGAAGCAAACCCCGACGAUGAACCACUGGCAUUAUGUGACAUUUCUAGGGCGUGUAUGGGUGCUUGUGAUUAUUUAUUUGCCUGUGAAUGAAUGUGAGUGACUCUCAUAAAGUGAAUGUAAAGUUUGACUGACUGCGCCCUCUGCUGGCGAUGUCCAUGACUCCUCCCCCGACAAGCAAAUGCUCAAGGACAGGCAAAAACCUGAAAGACAAUAAGAUGGACAUGAAAAAACAAAAUGUCCACGGGAUUUCAAAACAAAAGAUGGCGCAAUAAGUUAUGACAACUCUCUAUACUUAAUUCACACAUUAUUUGCUUUGUGUUUUCAGAUGGCGUUACAAUAUUGGAAAGCAAUUCCACAUCUGCUUAAUAAAUAAACUGCUGAAACAGAUUAUCACGAC